GGCGUGGGGACACGGCUGGGGGAGCCCGCGCCCGCCCAGCUGUUCCGCCUGUGUUUGUUGUGCCGAGGAGGCCCCGCCGCCGCCGCGCUCUCCGCCUUGCGCCAGGCGAUUGGCUGGCGGGCAUCACGUGGGCGCGAUCAGCUGGGCCGGCUGCGGGCGGUCGGCCUGGCGGGGACCCCAAAGCUGGCUGGGGAGCCCACCUGGAGGCUCCUCCCUGCUGGCGGAGAUAGGCACACGCCUGCGCACCCCUUGAUUUCACGCUGCUGGGCAGGUUUUAAGAACUUUAGCUCUCAAAAUGGGCAGAAUCUUCCUAGAUCAUAUCGGCGGUACCCGUCUGUUUUCAUGUGCAAACUGUGAUACGAUCCUUACCAACCGCUCAGAACUCAUCUCUACUCGGUUCACAGGCGCCACUGGUAGAGCGUUUCUUUUUAACAAGGUAGUUAACUUGCAGUACAGUGAAGUUCAAGAUCGGGUCAUGCUCACUGGCCGCCACAUGGUUCGAGAUGUGAGCUGCAAAAACUGCAAUAGCAAACUGGGAUGGAUCUAUGAGUUUGCUACUGAAGACAGCCAGCGUUAUAAGGAAGGCCGUGUGAUCCUGGAAUGUGCACUAGUUCGAGAGAGUGAAGGCUUUGAGGAGCAUGUACCAUCUGAUAACUCUUGAAGAAAAAACGAUAAAUCCGUCUUUUCCCAGGUCUCCUUCACUGAAAACAGAAAUCUACUUACAUACACUGUCACCUUAGCAUCAGAAUCGGAUUCAUGAACUGCAAACAAGAGGGUGUGAGAAUCUGAGAUGGAACCUUUCUUUCUUUCUUUUCAAUUUUGUAUUUCCCAUCCAACAGCAGUUUGUAGAGAGAAUUUUUGCAGAUGCCGUUAAUUUUUUCCUUUUGUUUACAUCUUGAGGCAGAUGAGUCUGCAGUUAUGUGGUGGGCUGUGUGAGGGGAAACUUGGCCCCUACAGUGAAAAGGAGUGUUUUUUGUACAUUUUGCGUGGAGAAUAUGUCAAGAGCAUGGUUUUUAAAUUUAUUUGGGCUUUGUUUUAACUUUCUUUUAAACCCAGUUAUUUCACUUAAUUUGCUAGCUUCAAGAAGAGAUCCGAAUCUGUGCCCAGCGCUGGAGGCUCAGUGUUAGUGUGGCUUGUGCUGGCCAGUGUGCCAUAUUCUUGUUGGAGAGGAACUGUAGCACCAGAACCCAUUCUUCCUUGUCAGUCCUGACCCACAAUGUCACCACCCCUAGUUGCUUGUCACCAAACACGUGGUGUUGAUUGGAGAUUUCCUGAAAUGGGGCAGAACUGCUUGGCUGUCUUUUCCAUGUAACUUAAGCAUAGUAAUAUAAAUAAAGUGAUAGUUGGAUGUUUUGGUCCUGUGUUACUUCUAAAAAUACCUUAUAAAAGAGCAGGAGUUUGGUAAGUGAUUUUCUUAGUAGUUAGUUUUCUCACUCUAAAGCUACCUUGACUGUGUAUAAGGUAUUUAUGUAAAUGGAAGCAUACUGUUUAAACCCACAGUAUUGCAGUUAGAAACAGCAGAAGGUCAGUGUGCAUCCUUGCGUAAAACAUUAAUCUGCAUCUAUUCUAAAAGAAGGGGAGAAAAUGAAGCAGCGUAUCUAAAAAUACUGCUUCACAAAAGUGUUUCAGCCUUCCCCUCAUUUGUGAGUUGACUUUGAUAAGUCUAUAGGUCCUGAUAGUUUCUUCAAAGGACUGGUCUCUCCUUAGCAUCAUUUUUCCACCUCUUCCCUUUGGAAGUUUACCAAUCGCAUUUGAACUGCACUUGAUAUCUUCUAUUGGUAGAGGUCAGGUUUUGACUCAACUUAAUCUUAAAUGUAUGACAUUACAAGGUAUGAGAAUAUGCUUCUUUGUCCAGUCCAGUUAUAGGCAAACUGGUACUUGCUUUCGGUGGAAUAAAGGACAUUGAAAUCAGCUAGUUAUACAAAUGAACAGAUGAACAUUUGUAUGCUCAUUAUCCAGGUUGGCUAAUAAAGGAAAUUUGCCUGAGUUGAAAAAGUGAAAUCUUCCUGUCAUUGCUAUUAAAAGUGAUUUGAGUACAGUAAAGCUUCUCAUACUUGGCUUUGCACACUUGAUUAGGGGUAUAGUUGCUGAUUGAGUAAGGACAGUAAUAAUACUCCAUUUACAGUGAGUGAACUCAACUGUCUUCAAUUUGAACGAAACCUUCAAGAUGUAAGAAUAGUAUUUGUUUCCACUGAUUUCCACACUGGCCUGUGAUGAUAUGCGGAUUCCUAGUCGCAUGCCUCACCUACAUACAGCACCGUGUUCAUUGCUGUCAAAAUAAAGUAUAUUUUGUUGUGCA